UCAAAAAUAAACCAAAUUAAAAUGGCGGCUGUUAUUCGUAUAAAACGUAGGUUAGAAGACGAACCUUCCGAAACAUUAAUUUUGAAUUGUAAAAAACGAAAAACCGAUGCAAGCACACCAGAUCAAGAUGGUGAAUUGUCCACUAUUCUUAAAUUUGCUGGAACUGUUAAAAAUCAAGACGAUACUUUGUUAAAUAUAAAAAAACCGACUAAAAUCGAGUUAGAGGAGCAAUUUAAGAAGCAUAAUACAGAUCUAAGCUCAAAAUUGAGGUUGCAGAAGCAAGAAGACUCAAAAAAGAAUCGUUAUAAAGUAGUGAAUUGUUUUCGGUCUCAGGCUGCGAAUUUAGAAGAACCUAAUCAGGAAUUGAAACCUGAGUAUACAAUUUAUGAUAUUGAAACGGAAAGUCAUGAUCAAAUAUCUAACGAAUGUGACCAAAAUUAUGUUUAUGAUUUGUAUUACACCACAUCUGAUGAUCUUGGAGAAUUGGAAGAUUGUGUGAGGUGGGGUUUUUUAAUUAUUCGUGGGAAUGUGAUGAUUAAAUUUAUCAUAAUUUGUAGCAUGUAUCCAUACAAUGACGUAUUCAUGUAUGGUUCAAUGAGAGAUAAUGGUUUGAACGAUGCAGAUUCUGAUACUGAUAGCGAAGACUCAAAUGCUGAAAAUUGUUGGAAAAACGACUAUCCUGAUGAGUCAGAUAUGGAAAGUGUCACUGAAGAAGAUAUGUUACAAGCAAUGAAGAAAUGUGAUUUAAAUGAUCUCUCAAGUGAUGAUGGGGAAGAAGGCUUUGUUUAUAGUAUAGAUAGUGAAGGUGCAGGAUUUGAAGAAGAUAUAGAUGAUUCAGAUGUACAAAGAUAUGGUGAAAGAUAUGCUAGAUUUAAAGCCAAACAUAAGAAAAAUGUACAAACAACCGCGUUAGAACAUGAUCUGUAUUAUGGAGAUAUUGAUGACGAAGAGUUUUAUUAUUAAUUUUAGUGCAUUUUAUUAUUGUGUCAACUUGUAUAGGUUUUAUAAUAAAUAUUUUUUUAUUUGA